UAAUCGUCAUUAGGAUUCGCGAAUCCCCGAUUAACCAUCCUCCUCGCCUCGUAAUCAGCGCUGGCGUCGGCUGCUUGAUGUCACAAUUCCACACAACAUAUCUGUUCAGAUACGGUAUUCAUCCCAGCAGAAAGGUCAUUCAGGGCCUGUAUACCUUGUGGCUACCAUGGCUUCUCAGCCCGAGCCAUCCCUAGAGCCCUACCUCAGGGCUCGAGCGAUGCAGAUGUCGCAGGGUCCCGGCUCCGGCCAGACCUUGUCCCGGGAUAUAGGACGACAAGACUCGACAAAGGGCAAGAACGAGUUUCUCGAGUUUCUAGUAGUGUUGCUUCGUACGCUCUCUCUGCCUGUCACACUCCCACUCAAAUGGAUUCACAAUAUUCUCGCCUCUCCCUUGACCGUCAGCGUCGUCCUCAAACUCCUGCUCCUCUUCGUACUCCUUCUGGGAUCUUCUGUGUUCUCGAUCCUUGCCACCGGGGCGUUUUGGUAUUCAUGGGGAACUGGGGGCGAAGUCGAGUUGGAGGGAUGGUUGAUCUACGGAUCAAAGAACAUGAGAGCCCCACAUACGACGCUGGAUCUGCCUAUAGAGAGAUUUCAAGAAGAACUGAGAUACGAUGUUCAGGUGGAAAUGGAGCUCGUUCGACCAACAAGGGGAUCCGAGGAGAUGGGAAACUUCAUGCUGACAUUGCAACUCUUGUCUGCUCGAGACUCAGACCUCGUCGUCUUCGGUGCAGCUCAGCCCUCCCUACCUCCGCCCCCCCUCUCAGUCUCACUUUUCGCCCUUCCGUCCCUUCCGACCCAUCUUCUUCCACCGUGCAUCAUCCCAUGGCCGUUCCGAGCCUUUUGCCCUUCACGAGUGCUUGGUUACGCAGACGAGUCUACUCGCCGCAUCCGAAGACGACGUGCUAAAGGCAGCUUGGGGCAUCCGGUCGGAGACAAAAAUGUGGUGCUAUUGAGGAAGAAUCUGAUGGAGGGCGUUGUGGUCAAUCCAGGUCGAGCGAGGGACACGGCUGUUGGCUCAGCGUUCGUCAGCAUAGGCCGCGAAGAUGCCGACACGUUCGAUGCCACAGCGCAACAAUGCCAACCUCAAUCUCGUGAAGUUCGAACGACCGGCUGGGUCGUCGUUCGUUUCACGCCCAGACCAACAGGCGUCCGAUGGCUCUUGUCUGUUCAUCCUAUCCCGCCGCUUCUCAUUCUACCGCCGAUCUCGCUCGCUCUCACGCUAUCCUCUUCUCUGAUCGCUUUUGUCCUUAUUUCUUUCCUGUUUCGACCCAAAGCUGCCCGAUCUUCCCGGCAGACUGAUCCGACAGGAAUGUCUGAGGCUGAUCUUUUGGCUGAGAAGGCAUCUCGGCUCGAAGAAAGACAAGCUAGAGAAGCCUCUGAGGAGGAAGCAAGGCGGCGGAGAGAGUGGGAAGAGGUCGAGUCGAGUGCGCUUGGAGGCCUGAGAAAAAUGCCGGAGGAAAGAAAGCGGACUUCAACGAUCGGAGGGUCAGAGACGACUGCGCCAAGUCGCGUCAGAAGCUUUGCUCCAAUACUUGACACUGAGACGGAGGUGACGGAGACCGAAACAGAAGACCCAGGUGCGUCUGAAUCAGCAGCUCGUAGCGAUGGACAUAGUUCGUCCGAGAGCGACUCUUGGGAGGAGGCGCGGUAGAAGGUAACUAGAUCCAAGUUGUAACGCUCAUGUAUACUCUGCGGUCCGCAGACCUCGAACUCUCCGCGCUCGAAUAUAAGCGAAGACUUAGGCGACGGCUGCGUCAGAUUAUGCCCCCAAC